UUGCGGAACCACAUAGAGAGAGCAAUAGGAGUUUUGAAGAAGCGUUUCCCUAUUCUAAAAGUUGGAACACACCACCCAAUUAGGAACCAAGUGAAAAUACCAGCUGCGGCAGUGUUGUUCCAUAAUAUUAUACGGAUGCAUAAUGGGGAUGAAGAUUGGUUGAAUAGCCAAACAAGUAACAUAUCGCCAGAAACUUUUGUUGAUCUUCCUGGAGGAGACAAUUACUAUAGCAAUGAUGUCGUGUCGCUUAAUAGCCAAGUGGAUAAUGGGAACUCUGUUAGAGAUAUGAUUGCAUUGAAUAUGUGGAAUGAUUAUAGUCAACAUCGUUCAUGAUAUAUCAAGAAUGUUUGGAAGAGGAUCUCCUAGGAUGAACCUGAUCCAAGCUGCAGCUAUGCAAAGAGUAUCCCCUAGAUCUACUACUAACAAGCGCAAGAAGAGAACAUCACCAAAAGUUGGUCGUCUUAGAGCAAACUGGAAUAGUGGACUAGAAAAGGGUUUAGUUGAAAUUCUUCAAGACCACAACAAUGACUGUUAUAAGGGCCAAAAUGGGUGGUCAUCGGAAGCAUGGAAUAGAAUUGUCAAGUUAUUCCAUGAGAAAUUCCCUUAUGUCACAUUUACAAAAUGCCAAAUCCAAGAUAAAGAGAAAGAGUUAAAGAGAGACUACAAGGCUCUUAAAGAGGCAAGACAACAAAGUGGGGUAUCAUGGGAUGAGCGGUUGUGUAGAAUAGAGGCAGAAGAACCCAUUUGGAAUAACCUCACCAUUAGUAACGAGAGACUUAAGAAGUUUCGGACUAAAUCUUUCCCACUAUUUGAGGCUUUAGGAGAGCUACAUGAUGGGAAUAUUGCUGAGGGAACCAUGAAUUUUACUUCUAUUGAGCCUUCUCGACCUCCAGUCACACAACCUUGUCAAGGUGCUGCUACACAUCCUUCUCAAGCUGCUUUUAUGCUCACACAGCCUUCUCAACCGUCUUUCACACAACCUUCUCAACCCGCUUUCACACAACCUUCUCGAAUUGCUUACACACAACCUUCUCAAGCCGCUUUCGCACAGCCUUCUCAAGCCGCUUUCGCACAACCUUCUCAAGCCGCUUUCGCACAUCCUUCUCAAGCUACAAUCACACAAGCCAUUUCUAAUGAAGAUGAUGACCUCAGAGUAUUAGAUCCAAUAGCCCCUACAUCAGUGAGCAAAAGGGCAAAAAAUGUUGGUGCUGGUAGUUCAAGGACAAGAAUUGACAAGCGUGGACAAGAUGGGAAGGUGGUUGAGAUGAUGGAAAGGUUUCUAGAGAUGAAAGAAAAACAAGAUGAGGUGGAGAAAAGGGCAACAACUAAUGCAAAUGAGGAUGAUUUCCCUAUUACAACAUGCAUUGCUAUUGUGGAUGGAAUGGAAGAGCUUUCUGAUGAUGAGAAGGUUGAUGCUUAUGAUGUGUUUAAGGAUGCCCAAAACAGGGCCAUUUUCAUGACUGCCAAAGAUGCUACACGCAUAAAAUGGUUGAGGAAGAAGAUUGCUAGAACAUGAUAUAUGAUACUGCUUAUGAUGUUGUUUGAAACUUGAGGGAUCAAAGAAAAUGCAACGAAGAAUUUGGAAGACCUUGAAAUUAUUACUAGCAAUUGUUUGAAAGCAAUCUAGUAAGCGAACUUUCAGUUGGAACCUGUCAUAGCACUUGUGAAAUCUUCAUUUUUUAUAAGCACCUCUGAAUGUGAUCCUUCUUGUCAUUAAAUCAAGACUACAAAGAUGGAUGUUUAUUUAAUUUGCCAUAAGCACCUCUGAUUGUAAUACUUCUUGUUAUUAAAUCAGGACUAGAACGAUGAAUGUUUUUUUC